CACCGUUAACUCCUCAGUCAGGAGCUCGUUUAGAACUUCUGGACCAGAACUCCUCUCUUCUUCACGAUGCGUCUCCAGACGGUUCUGUGCGUCGCGGCGCUGUUCGCCUCCUCCCUCCUGCUGUCCGAGGCUAGGAUCUCCAAACGCUUCGCCAUCGGCUGUCCAGAGAAGUGCGACAAGUCCCAGUGCGCCCCGAUCCCCGCCGACUGUCUGGCCGGAGACGUGCUGGACCGCUGCGACUGCUGCCCGGUGUGCGCGUCCGGGGAGGGCGAGCAGUGCGGCGGCACCGGGGACCGGGAGUGCGCCGAGGGGAUGGAGUGCCUGGUGACCGACGGCGUGGAGGUGUCCGCCACCGUCCGGAGGAGGGGCAAGGCGGGCGUGUGCGUGUGCACCAACUCCGAGCCGGUGUGCGGCAGCGACGGCGUCUCUUACCGGAACAUCUGCGAGCUGAAGCGCGUCAGCAACCGGGCGAUGAAGCUGCAGCAGCCGCCGGUGAUCUUCAUCCAGAGGGGAGCCUGCGGGAAAGGUCAGCAGAACCCCGACAGUCUUCGUUACAAGUACAACUUCAUUGCUGACGUGGUGGAGAAGAUCGCACCUGCUGUUGUUCAUAUUGAACUGUACCGAAAGAUGAUAUUUUCUAAGCGGGAGGUGGCGGUGGCCAGCGGCUCUGGGUUCGUCGUGUCUGAAGACGGACUCAUCGUCACCAACGCCCACGUGGUCGCAAAUAAACAGAGAGUAAAGGUGGAGCUGAAGAGCGGAGCCACAUAUGAUGCCAAGAUCAAAGACAUCGACGAGAAGGCCGACAUCGCUCUGAUCAAGAUCGACACACCGAUGAAGCUGCCGGUGCUGCUGCUCGGUCGCUCUGCAGAUCUGCGUCCUGGAGAGUUUGUGGUCGCCAUCGGCAGCCCGUUCUCCCUCCAGAACACCGUCACCACCGGCAUCGUCAGCACCACCCAGAGGGGAGGCAAAGAGCUGGGUCUCCGAAACUCAGACAUGGACUACAUCCAGACGGACGCCAUCAUCAACUACGGCAACUCAGGAGGACCACUAGUCAACCUGGACGGGGAGGUGAUCGGCAUCAACACGCUGAAGGUCACAGCAGGAAUCUCCUUCGCCAUCCCAUCAGACAAGAUCAGACAGUUCCUGGCCGAGUCGCACGACAGGCAGGCCAAAGGUCAAACAACCCUGAAGAAGAAAUACAUCGGCGUCAGAAUGAUGAGUCUCACUCCAACGUUGGCGAAGGAGCUGAAGGAGAGGCAGUCAGACUUCCCAGAUGUCACUUCUGGAGCGUACGUCAUUGAGGUCAUCAGCCGAACUCCAGCCGAGGCAGCUGGCCUGAAGGAGAGCGACGUCAUCAUCAGCAUCAACGGCGAGCAAAUCACCUCAGCCAGCGACGUCAGCGCCGCCAUAAAGCGGGAUAAGACGCUGCGAAUGGUGGUGAGGCGAGGCAACGAGGACGUCAUGCUCAGUAUCGUCCCUGAGGAGAUCGAGCCUUGACCUCUCAGCCGACUGAGCGACCAGUCAACGCAACACCUUAACCAGUCGACCAAUCCCGAGCUGGCUCUCAGUGUCUUCCAACCAAUCAUGAACAUUUCAAUAAACCGACCAACCAAUAGGGGGCGUGCGUCUGUCUGGAGAUUGUAAUUAUUAGUGCUCUUCUUCUUGUUGUUUUUGUUUUUUUAAUGCUCACACACACCUUCUUGAAACUGCAGCUUCUACCCUGUCAUCUCAAACUAAUGUUUCCUCUAAACUUUCAUUGUCACAAACCUUUUAUAUCCUACUAACGAUCUGUCACUACAAAGAGGUUCCUGCAGGUUACCGUAGUUUCACUGUGUACUGUAUGUUCUGGAUGGAAUAUUUUGUAAUAGUAUUUUUUUGUCUCUGUGUUUGAUGACAAUGUUUUCAAGAAAGGGAAUAAAAUUAUUUUUAAAAA